AAAAUCAAACCCGUGGACCUUUCCGCCAAAUAAUUUAUACAUACGUUCAAUUAUUCUUCUUUAGGUUAAUCUGUGUGAAGAGCUGAAAAUUAUGUAAACAACAAUUUCCCGCAAAGAAAUUAAGAAAAAUGCCAAGACGAAAGAUGGAAAAGCUUGAACCAGAAUCAGAACAGGACUCUGCUGAAGCUAAAUCGUCUGGAAAUAAAUCAAGAACAGUGAAGAAAAAAGUAAAGACCGAAGAUUCUGCAGAUUCCUCUUUGAAUAUCAAAGAUACCAGUGUAAGAACAUCAAAUAAUAAAGAAGGAACAGGGAAAAGAAAUAGGAAGGAAUGCAGAAAGUCAAAGCAAGAUAUAAAUUCAUGUGCAGACAGCAAAUGUUUGGACACAAGUGUUUCAGAAUAUUUUUCAGCUGUCAAUGGAGAUAUUAUUUCUGAUCAAAGCAAAGAUGUAAAGAAAAAGUCCAAAAAGGAGAAUAAUUCCUCCUAUGCGUCAAAAGUGAGGAAUCUGAAGAGCAGUAUAGGUUCUGAUGAGGGAAGUGAAGCAGAGUUUGAAGCUGUUACUGUGAAUUACAGUUCACCUGGGGGUAAAAGAGAUUCUUCAGUCAGAAAAAGAGGGUCUGUUAAGAAAUCAGCUAAGACUGGCAAGAAAAAUACAGACAAAAAUGAAGGAAUUAAGGAGUCAAGGACAGCAAAGUCUAGUGAUAAGAACAGUAAAGAUGAAGGUUUAAAGGUGAAUUGUUUAUCAGAAUCUAAUAAAAACAAAGAUGUGAAGGGAAAAAAAGAAACAUCGAACAGAAAAAGAAAACCCGCAGAUCUGGCAGUAAGAAAUGCUAUAGAUAAUGAUGUAGAAAUAAAGAAACCUAAAAGGCAAGACAAACAGUUAAGAUGUAGGCAAAGUAAAAACAAAAAUGCUGAUACGGAAGCAGGAAAGGUCAACAGGAAAGUGAAGGUGCCAGAAAAUGUAAUAAGUAAAAAGGCUGUGAAUAAAAAAGCGGACCCAGAUGAUAUCUUCACCAUCUUAAAGCAGACUGAAGGAACAAAACCUGGAAAAGUAAAUACAGACAAUAUUAUUAAGGAUGAAUCAGACAAAAGUAGCGGUGGAGAAAUGAUGGACGUGGAAAGUCCUCUAAAGGAAGUCCCUGUUCCUGUAGCUGCCAGAAGUAUACCAAAGUCAGUGGAUCACUCUGAUGCCAUGGCAAUUCUAAUGCAUAUGGAAGGCCCUAAACAAAAUUACCUUGCUGAAAAACCUUCCACAUCUAAAGCUCUUGUUAGUGUUGAUAUUGAAAAUAUGUCAGAUGUCGAUGAUGAUGAUGAAAAUGGUGAUAAUAAAGAAGGUGGAGAUGACACUGAUGAAGAAUCAGAGUGGGAAGAUGUUGAAGAUCACCAUGGAAACAGUCCAAAGAAAUCUCAGUUACCCAGUGGACCAGUUGAAAUAACUUUAGAUGCCCCAGUAAUCUACAAGAAAAGAAAGAAGGGAGAGUUUGACCUACAGGCAUACUUUAGAAGGCAGAUCAAUAGAUUUAAACGAGAAGUUGCAAUGGAUAUUCAUAAGGUACACCUGCUAUGUUUACUGGCAAGAUGCCAGUAUCUAAACAAUCUGUGUAAGGAUGAGACGGUACAGGCACAGGCUUUAUCUAUCACCCUGGUAACAAAGGAAUUAAAGUUACCUCCAGUCAAGUCAUGUACAGAAAGUCAUGUGACCAGAGUCUUAUCUUGGAUCAAAGAACAGAAACAUCAUCUGAUUGAAAUCAUGGCAGACAGUCUGAGUGAGGUUUCUACACAGCUUAGAGUGACUCUGACUUGUGUGGUUUUAUUGCGCCAAGUUGGUUUCCUAACAAGACUGAUGGCAUCUCUUCAACCCGUUCCCUUUAAAGAAACCAGCAGUAAGUCUAAUUCCUCAAAGAAGGGAAAGUCUCAGACACUUAAAUCUUCAAACAGUUCAAAAGGAAAGCAAGUUGAGAAGGGUGAAAGUACAAAAACUGCAAGCAGUAAGACAGUAAAGAAAAAUGUAAAGAAAAACCUAGCAAAAGAUAGAUCUGAAAAUGUGAAAACAUAUAAGAAUGCAGCAAAGAAAAAGGAUUUAGAUGAAGACUUCAGUAGUGAGGGAAAGGAGACUAGAGGGAAAAUAUCAACAGUAAAGAGAAGAAGUUCUGAUAGAAAAUGCACCAAAGUGUCAAAAACUGCAUACAGAGUUGAUGCUGAAAGUGAUAACGAAGAGAUGAGUGAUGACAAUGAUGGAGAUUUUGUACCAGUUGGUGAUGAUGGUUACGAUGAUGAUAAUGAUGAUGAUUGUAACAAUGUGAAGAAAAAUGACAAUAAAAGAAAAAGAAAUAAAACUGAAAACAAAAAAUCAAGCAAAAGAAUAAAAGCAGAAGAUGAAGCUUUGAAGGCAGAAAACAUAUCAGAUGAUGAUUUUGCAGAGGAUAGUGUUUUGAUUAGAACACAGCAACUUAAGAAAGAGCCAUCCAAAAUCAAGAAUAGGAGAGCAUUAUCAACAGAUACCGAAUAUGACUAUUGUGGUGUGGAUAACUGGGCAGAAGUAUACAUUGAGAAAGAACAGAAGUGGUUAUGUGUAGACUGUGUGUCCAUACAAGUGAAAAAAACUUAUGAAAUAGAGAAUAAAGCUACACAACCAGUCAGUUAUGUUGUUGGAAUUACACAAGAGGGGUAUAUACGAGAUGUGACUGCACGGUAUGCCAGCCAGUGGCUUACAGAGACUCGGAAGCUACGUGUAGAAAGUGAGUGGUGGGAGGAGACUUUGAAGCCAUAUAAAUGUCCUGACAUGGCAAGGGAUAAAAUAGAGGAUCAGGAACUCAACUUUCACCUCCAGCAGCGCCCUCUACCUACAUCCAUUGGAGCCUUUAAGAGUCAUCCACUAUAUGCCCUGAAGAGACAUCUUCUCAAGUUUGAAGCUUUAUAUCCAGAUACUGCUGUUCCAGUGGGGUAUAUCAGAGGAGAGCCGGUGUAUGCCAGAGAAUGUGUUCAUACUCUCCAUUCAAGGGAAAAUUGGUUAAAAGAGGGCCGGGCAGUGAGGGUUGGUGAAGAGCCAUAUAAAUUUGUGAAGUCCAGACCAAAAUGGAACCGGCCAAAAGAAGAUCCUGAAGCUAAAGAUCUGGAAUUAUUUGGUAACUGGCAGACUGAGCAGUAUAUUCCCCCACCAGCUGUUGAUGGCAAAGUACCAAGAAACGCUCAUGGUAAUGUGGAAAUGUUCCUGCCAUCAAUGUUACCAGCUGGUACUGUGCAUUUAAAAAUUCAAGGUUUACACAAGAUAGCUAAGAAGCUUGAUAUAGACUGUGCCCCAGCUAUGGUUGGAUGGGAUCAUCACUGUGGAUUCUCUCACCCUUUAAUGGAUGGUGUGAUAGUAUGUGAAGAAUAUAAGGACAUUCUACUGGCAGCCUGGGAUGAGGAACAGGAAAUUAUCAGGGAAAAAGAACAAAAGAAACGAGAGAAGAGAGUUUAUGAGAACUGGAGAAAACUGAUCAGGGGCAUGCUCAUCAAAGAAAGACUAAAGAAAAGAUUUGAUUUAGAGGAGAAACCUAACGAGACAAGUGAGCAGGACAAACCAGAUACAGUUAGUCAGACAGGAACAGCAGAAGUUACAGGGCCAACAGUAACAGAGAAAGCCAAUGACAAGAAACAUGCCUGGCCGCAGAAUAGAAUGAUAGAAAAUCAGCAAUCUCUGUGUACUGUAGAGGAAUUGUGAAAGACAUUGUCGAGCAUGCUUUUUAAUUCAGACUUUUCUUGAUUUGUAAACAACAUGGCUAGGAAUUGUGCCAUCAAAUAAUAGUAAAUCUUGGUUGAAAUGAGAAAGAUAUCUCAUAGGUUGUUUUUUCCAUGUGCAAGAGUUUCUUGUUUUGUUUGAUUCAGACAUAGCAGUAUAAUGAUGUUAUCAAAUAAUCUUUAAAGAAGUGAAAUAUAAACACAGUACAAAAUGAAGAUAAAGACACAACAUACUUUGACACAAUAAAUGAGCAGAAACAUGAGAAAACCAACAGUGCAUUUGUGACCUGCAUAGACCCAGACCAGCCUGCUCAUCUGUGCAAUCUGGUCAGGAUAGAUACUGUUUGCUAACAGUUUUUCUAAUUGCAAUAGGCUUUGAAAGUGAACAGCAUGGAUCCUGACCAGACUGCGCAGAUGCAGAUGAACAAUGGCCAUCAAGGAAGAAAUUUUUUCUGUGACUAUUUUUACUGCAGUUAUGGUACUUUGAAAGUUUUGCUGUAUAGAAUAUGGAGACAAAUCUUGCGUCGUCCAAUUAAUCCAACACUAUUAGCCUGACUUGCUUCAAACUUUCACAGAUGAACAAGUUUGAUGUGCAGAUGACCCUAAAGGAACAAAUUUUUUCUGUGAUUAUUUUUACGGCAGUUCUGGCCUGAUAGUUUUGCCAUAUAGAAUAUAGAGAACAUCAUCCAUGUGAAGAUGUUCUUUACUAAAAACUUUGCUAUUUAGAGGAUGGCACAGUAUGCGGGGGUAUCCGUGUCCAGUGGACACAGUUUGAGUGUCCAACCAUAUUUUGCAUAUUGAGGUAUUAAAUACUCGAGAUAUAUUCAGUAAUAUUUGAGAAAGCUGUAUUUGGUAGAAGUGUCAAUGGUGAACUGAAGUUUAUAGUACUGUAAAGAUUUUGUGCUUUACAGGGAUAUAGCAAGGUCAAUAACAUUACAAAUGAAACUCCUUGUAUCUCCUAACUGAAAGAAUAUAAAGGAAGACUUGAUUAACAAUUAUCCUGUUGUUCACAGUAUCUGACACUGCUGGUAGUGCCAGGCUUUAUAUUAUGUGACAUGGGAAGAUGUAGAUUGCGGUGACAUGGGAAGAUGUAGAUUGCGGUGCCACAAUUUGUGUUCAUAUUUCAUUGUUUUUGUUAACUCUAACAAACCUGUAUGUAAUAAAAGGAUAAGAAAAUA